CUUCUUCUCUUCCUCCCCCCCCCACCCCCUUUGUUAUCCUCCUCUUCCUCCAGGAUCAGGUGACUGCCAAGGAAUUCCGUGUUUGAGUUUUUCUGGGCCUUUAAAUAGUCAUCAGAUAAACAAAUACAGUGGUACCUUGGUUUGGGAGCAUUAUUAGUUCCGGAAACGUGCUUGUAAUCCAAAGCACACGUAUAUCAAAGCAAAUUUUCCCAUUAGAAAUAAUGGAAACUCUGACUGAUUCGUUCCACCACCCAAAAAUCUUCAUAUAAAAAUGAUUAAUACAAAAUAUAAAGUAGAAAUACAUAAAACAAAUUAACCUGCACUUUACCUUUGAAAAGAAUCGUGGAUGGUGUGAGGGACACAGAAAUGUGUGAUUACGAGAAAGACCUCGGUGUGUAUGUUGAUGCUUCCAUGUGCAAUGUUCGCCUGUGUGGGGUUAGCAAUAUAAAUGGCCAAUAGGAUGUUGGGUUACAUCUCUAGGUGUGUGGAGUUUAAGUAAAGGGAGGUGAUGCUAUGAUUAUACAAUUCCUUGGUAAGACCCCACCUAGAAUAUUGUGUGCAGGUUUGGUCACUAUACCUUAAGAAGGACUUUGCUGGCUUAGAAAAGGUGCAACGUAGGGCAACAAGAAUGAUUCCUGGUCUUAAUGGAAUGUCUUAUGAGGAGAGGUUAGCUGAGCUGAAUCUGUUUAGAUUGACUAGGGGGGGCAUGAUCCAGGUAUAUAAGAUUCUAACAAGUCAGGAUGCUGUUCAGCCAAAUGGCUACUUCAAUAUUAGUUUAAAUACUAGCACUCGUGGCCAUAAGUGAAAAUUAGUGGGAGAACAUUUUAAAACGAAUUUGAGGAAGCACUUCUUUACACAGCGUGUAGUUGGAGUAUGGAAUAGUCUUCCUGCUAGUGUAGGACAAGCUAAAACCCUGGGUUCCUUUAAAUCAGACCAAGAUAAGAUUUUAACAACUCUGAGCUACUAGUUAAUUUCUCCCCAAACAAGCUUGAUGGGCCAAAUAGCCUCCUCUGGUUUGUAAAUUUCUUAUGUUCUGAUGUAAACAAAUUCAUCACUCACAGUGCUAUAGUCUUAUUUGGGUGGUGCUUUUCUACAAAAUUUUGACUAUACGAGUGAGGCACGCUGACUGAGACCAAGCAUGGGGAACAAUUACCAACAAUCUCGCAGCGAGAGAGAGAGAAGAACCAUCGGCUGAGUUAUGAUCACGUGACGCUUGGCAGACAAAGUGUAUAUGUAAUACUUGCAUUGCAGGACCUCGCUUGUUUAUCAAGUUAAAAUUUUUAUUUUUUUUAAUUGCCGCGUUGUUUUUGAAUUAAUUCCAAAAAUGUGAGAGGGAAAUUAUUUUUACAAUUAUUGUUGGUUCAAUUUAACAUUAGACAAAGCAGUAGAUAUUCCCAGGUCUCACAAGGUAGCGCAGACACAGCAAAAGAGCAUAUCCAAAGGGGUGCUCCACAGGAACAAGCUGUGCACACUGUGAGUCGGUGUACAGAAGAAAACUCCCGGUGCAAACGAAGCAAAUUUCGACCAUGAAAAGACCUGCGAUCGCGGUUUUGCAGAAAAAACAUUCACAGCGACAGAUAGCAGUGUCCAGCAAAAGGUAAAAAAAGGUUGAAAAUGAUUAUAAUUUGCAAAAUAGCAUUUUUCUUGGAAUAUGCACUGUUCUGUAUCUGAGACAGAAGUGACCUUCUGGAUUCAAGAUAAUAUGCUACAUUGAAAGAACCCAAUGUAAAGCCUGGGGUCUCCUGUCUGCAUCCUGAUUUCAGCAGAUAAAGUCAGUUUUCUACACAUGGUGAUCAUUUUGUCUUCAUGCCACGGUGUGAAGUUUCAGUAAAUAUCCUGGUAUUAUUUGCAGUCGGGUUCUGGGCCACACAAUGGUUAAGGUUCAAACACACUCGUAGAGUGAAGGUUCAGGCAGUCUCUCAAAACUUGGUGUAUGUUUUCAGUUGCUCUGCUUACACAGUCGUGAAGUGUCUUUGCCUCUCUAUUAAGACUCUCAUUAUUCAUUUUGGCCCAGCAUGGGCUCCACCGCCACUCGUGCACCACAGGAAGCUGUCGGGCAGUAUUGAGGCUACACAACGCCAUGUGACACAUUAACCGCUUCCUGUAUAGCACUGUGGCAGAGUGGUUGCCAGGUGCUGAAACUCCUAACAGGCAUUGUUCUCCAGAAACAUUUGGAUGGCAGGAAGGGGGGUUCAGGCACCUGUGGGCUGGUUAUUGUCUGGGCAAGUUCGCUGAUGUGUGAGAGAGAGGUGGGAAGAGAGAGCUCAGGGUGGGGGGCUAUAGUAAUUUUUACAACCACGUGUGGCUCUUGGCACUGAAGGUGUCUGGGGGGCAGUUGGGGUCCCAUUUUAAUAACAGAACCUUUUUAUUAGUCUGUAACUUUUGUCUGUAAGUCAGCUAUAGUCAGAGAGUUGGAAAUUAUGGUUCAAUUAGCGCCUGUGUCGUGCUUUGGACAUGCAGCUCAUUUCUGUUUGUUCGCAUGGGGCCUGGCCACAGUCCAUUGACUGUGACCGCGGAAUGACACCGAAGUCCUCCGGUGGCAUUGAGUUUCCAUCCGUUCUUUUUCUUUCAUGCCAUAUUUUUUUGCCUUACAGCAGGAAAUGAUGAGCUGGUGAAACUGGAGCAUUUGAUGAGCCAGGACAAAGUGUGGCGUUUGUUUUUUUUUUUGUCCUGUAAAUUUAGUGUUCCUCAUCCAGCCAAACCAAUAACAAGCUUGUUCUACUCAUGGGCUGCUGUGUCAGUGGUUUGGUGCUGACCUUUUAUAAGUGAAGUGUCUGUUUGUGGCAUAGCAAUGGGCCUGUAAGAGCACAGUAUCUGUUGUCUACUGGUACCUUAAGAGUGAAAUGUGCCGCUGCUUACAGACAGAAACAGAACUGCAGGCACUAUGCUGCCAGACCUCAGGCUCCGCUCUGACGGGAAGCAAAAUUAAACACACCUGUGGAUGAGUAGCUCCUCCACCCUCCAGUAGUCAGAAUGCUGCUCUGCAUUUAUUGCCAUUCUUAAACACUGGGGGCAUGAGAGGGCAUGACUCCAGGGCUGAUUAAUCCCACUGCUCUUGCUGCUAGAGACAUCAUGGGACAGUGUGCAGCCCAUGUCACUGACAGAUGUGUUACCCAUAACCCUCUCUGAUGUGUCUCCCAGCAGUCUCUCUGAUGGAUGUGAUACCUGUAACCUCUACCUGAUUGAUGUAUCAUUGGCCUCUUGCCCUUACUGUUGGGGUAUUUAUGCAGAUUGCUGCUUGUUGUUGGGAUGUUGUACCCCCAGGACUGACAGAUUUAUUGCCCCCAGGGUAUAAAGUCGGGCUCCAGCACUGCAACGGCAGCUGUUACACUGUAUGUUUACAGGCACAGCUAAGUUGAGCUACAGUUAUAGCCCAACUAUGCCAACUACUGUCCUUGUCCCAAUAUACAUGCAUGAGAGGGGAAUUGAUUUAUUGAAGUAUGUCCCUGUCUGCUACAGUAGGUGACGAUAUGGUGCCUAUAUCAGCUAGUUCAUAUUGGGCUUUUUCCAGUUGACCGAUUAUGUCUUAGACGUAAAAAAAAAAAAAAAUCUAAUUAAUAAUGAUGGAUGCAUGGACAAAUAAAGUGACAGAAGCUUUAAUUGAGAUCUGGUCGUAAGAACAGAUACAAUAAGAUAUAAUGUAAGAUAAUAUAAAAUACUAUGACAGCAAGGUACUGGAAAUUUUUCAAAUAUUGCAAUGUGAUUUUGCUGUAAUAUUGUAAAUAUUGUGGUAUUUAUGAAACCAAAAAUGAUUAUGAGUGUCUCGUGCAAAAGCAGCACAGGUAAAAUUUACACUGCGUUUUAAACAUAUAUUAGAUAAUCUUGAAAAGGAAUCAUAAUUAAAAUUGCAAGACUUGCUAAGUUAACUCGCUUUAACUCCCUGCACUAUAAUAUCUGUACCAAAAUUGAAGGAAAGAAAACGCCUGGUCUCAAUGUAGCUGACGUAAUAAUGUAAUAAUUAUAUGUGCAUGCGAUGUUUAUGAUACCUGGCUCGUCCGCUCCUCGUGUGUGCCACGCCCCCUGGUUUCCCACAUGUUCUUCCCUGAUCGUUUCCACCUAUGUCUGCUUAUUUUGAUUAAGUCAUGUCCUAUUUAAGUCCUGGUCUUGCCUGUUACCCUCGUCCGUCAUUGCGUGAAUUUUGUGCGUUGUGUGGAUUCCCCGUCCUUCUGCGUGGUGUCAAUGUUUCCGGUGUUCCAGAUCAGGAAUAAACCCCAGAUUUCCCCAAUUUUGCCUCGUCUGCCAGGUUUCUGGUCGCCAACCCACACGUUCACCUGUUCGCCCAUCCUUGAGCGUGACAAUGUUGGUAUUGAUAUCACACGGUUUCCAGUCCUACUACUACCUUCUUGAAGCACCAAAAGUACGGUACCUGCUGUGGUGGGAAAGCGCCCUUUAGUUGAGCGGUGAAUUGGACAGCGUUGCAGUGCUGUACAGUUUGUAUGUGCUGUACGUUGGUGUUAUCCAAAGGCAGGCAACACCACUGUAUGGUGCUGGUGUGUGCCAACAUUGCGACCUCUGCUGUGCUCCAUGCUUAUUCUGUAUACCGGCUGCUUCUGUUACUUCUACGCGCUCAUUGCUGACAGUGCUUGCUUUGAUCAAUGCUGAAAAAAAUGCUGAAUGCUGAGUCAGCUGGUUGUUUGUCAGUACAUUUGUGUCUAGGGGACAGAGGUGCAGGGCCUUGGGGGGCACAAUAAUUCAGGACCACACAGCAGCAGAGACCUGACCACACAGAACAGCCGUGUGACUGCAAGAAGACUGGAGGCUCAUCUGACUCAGUGUGCAUUGGAAAUAUCAACUUUUUUUGGGGGGGGUGGUGGGGGGGGAGAGCUUGCUUAUCUUCUUAUUUUAAGGUGAUUCUGCUAUUCCUGUUGAUAUGCUGAUAACCUCCUCCUCCCCCAGUCUAAGUAACAAACAAGUUUCCUCUGUGAGAGAGUGUGACCUGAGGCUGGGGAUGGGGGGGGCUUUUUUCAUCAGGGAGGGACGCACAUUAUGAUUUGUCUUUGUGUAUGAUCCCUGUCUUUGUUACCAUGCAGAUUUGUCCUGCACUUCGCGUGGGGGGGUCAGUUUUGGUUGCGGUAGCAUAACUUAAUUUCUUCCCCAGUGAGAGUAACAUGAACAGGAGAGCAACAAAAGGCUCUUAUUCUGGCCAGACGGCCUUUUAAAAAUGUUUGAAUAGGAUUGCUGUUAAGGAAACAGCAUGGAUUUCUGAAGAUCACUGAGGUACGAGUUAAAAAGGGGGUCAAGCGCUGGUAAUGGGAUCUGGAGAAGGAAUGUGGUGAGCAGGAAGUGCGGGGGGGGGGGGGCAUAAAAGCAUGGGGUUUGCUGCUCACAGACAUGCCUGAGCCAGCAAGGUGAGGAUACCCCACGUGCGGGAGGAGGGGUCCAUAUCACUGCAAAUGCAACACAUGGCACAUUGUGUUGAAAGGAGACUGGGUUCGGCAGUGGCUUGGGUUUCAGAGAAAAGUCAUUCAUCCGGCCCUCCCCUGGAAGGGCCACCCGACCUCUGACCUCUCCCCCACCUGACAUGGUUGCAGAAAUGCUGAAGAGAAGCAGUUGUCAGUGUGGCGGUACUGAGGCCAUUGGCAGGGCGUAUUGCGUAAUAUUGUUCUAGGAUGUAUGUGCUGCUAGUACAAAGGCUGCAUAUUUAUCACAUACAAAAUGGGAGCUUACCAGGAAAUGAUAUGAUGUAUUUGCUCCUUGAGUGUCCAUCUGUUUGAAAACACAUCCAUUAAAACACAUCAAUGUAGCACAAGCCGGCUCUUAUCCGUCCCAUGUUCUCCGUUCCUCAGAUACACACCAUCCCGCUGUUGGAUUGGCCAUUUUAGAAAAAAUAAAAACCUAUUUUCUUAUUUUUCCAUUUGUUCUCUCUACUGUAGUUUCCUUUAUUUUAGAAGUCUUCUGUUCGGUUCACAAUCACAUGAUCCUUUCUGAACAAAGGCUGGAACGAAGGUGUGAUUGCGAAGUCACACACACACAGGCUCUUUUUGAGAACUUCACACCUAAUCCCACUGUAUUAUAUUAUAUGCCACCAAAAUAAAACCAAUGAGCACUGAUAAAAUCUUUGAUAACAGACUUUGAAAAGCUCAUUUUACAUGAAGGGACGUCCUUGCCUCAAGGUCUGGUUCUCAUGAUAUGCUAUCCCUGUUAGAAUGUCUUCUAAAGCCAAAAAGUGCCCUAGAAAUAAGAGCUGGUAACUGUGGGUACAUGCGACCUUUGGCUGGAGAUAGGGGUCUUUUCGGGGGACUCAUUUGUACGGUUUAUUGCAAUGGUCAUGCAUUUCUUGUCAAUGGAGCGCAAAUAACAAGCCGGAUGAAACCCGUAAUUCACGGUGCAUGAGUAUAUGUUUUGUCCAGAAUGUUAACGUGCUUGUUGGUUAUAUCUACUUCAUUAUUGACACAUGGUUUUAGCCAGUCUUUUGUACACUCCUGGAAUUCCCCUACCUGAUACGCACGUGUCCAGGAACUGUGCAGUGCUGCCCGUCCAGUGGCGGACUGAGUAUUAAUAGACUCCUCUCUUUAUGAGAACCAGCCUUUUCUGCUGGAUUAAAGAAUCAAGCCCAGAUUGUCAAGUAAGUAAUCAGUGCAGGAGGGAGAAAACGUGUGACUCUGAACUGCACACAGGCACCUCGCAUUUCAGGCUGGAGGAGAUGAAGGAAAUGCAGACAGGGCACUGUUAUGUUCACAUUAGAUAUAGGAACUACUUUUCUGGUAUGUACCACAAUAAUUAACAUACAGACUGGCUAGCGUAGGAAUACGCAGAGUUAGAGAUCUAUAUAGUCCUACACUGAGAAGUGACAUGCGAUGCAGUACAAUUCCUAGUAAAGACAUUGCUAACUUUACUUUGGUGUCUGUUGGAUGUAUGUUGUGAAAGUGAGAAACACAACAGGCACAAAGACGAAGCUGGGAAUAAACACUUAAUAUGGUUAAAAGUCGUGAGUUCAGCUGCUCAGAUCCCCGUCGCUGUGUUGCAUUGUGUAAAACUCUCUCUCUCCCCUGCUCGGGGAUGGGGAGGUGCUCUGUACCCCUGGCACUUUCAUGGUUCUGUUCGUUUGUACCUCUGUGAUUGGGUGUCAUCAGGGAGAGUUAAGGUCCAUGUGCUAUAACUCAGUCUCCGUGGACAAUGAAGACUGGACGCUGUCCACCUGUGGGAAUCACAUGACUGCUGAGCCUUCCUCUCCCUACUCAUGCUCAGGUGGGCAAAACCCGGAUUACAUGCUGCAUGGGACCGGAGUAAAGCCCGGCUCUGACAGCAGGAAAGCCGGUGCUGAUGCCACCAUGGCCCCCGAGGAUGCUGCUCGGUUCCUGAGCUGUCACUGCUCUGGUCACUGUCCAGAGGAUGCCAAGAACAAUACCUGCGAGACCAAUGGUCAGUGCUUUGCCAUCAUUGAGGUGGAUGAGCAUGGUGACAUCGUGCUGAGCUCAGGAUGCAUGAAGUACGAGGGCUCCCACUUCCAGUGCAAGGAUUCCCCCCGAGCUCAGACGCGCCGCACCAUCGAGUGCUGCCAGACGGACUACUGCAAUCAGGAUCUGCAGCCCACGCUGCCACCCCUCGUGGAGGAAGGUCCGGACAGUGUGCAUUGGCUGGUCUUCCUCAUAUCACUGACAGUUUGCUGCUGUGCUCUGGUUGCCAUCAUGGUCAUCUGUUACUACAGGUACAAGGGGCAGACAGAGAGGCAGUGCUAUCACAGGGACCUGGAGAAGGAUGAGGUUUUCAUUCCUGUGGGAGAGUCUCUGAAGGACCUUAUCCAUCAUUCGCAGAGUUCCGGCAGUGGCUCAGGGCUCCCCCUACUGGUGCAGCGCACCAUCGCCAAGCAGAUCCAGAUGGUGCGGCAGAUUGGCAAGGGCCACUAUGGUGAGGUGUGGUUGGGCCGCUGGCGUGGGGAGAAGGUGGCUGUCAAGGUGUUCUUCACACGCGAGGAGGCCAGCUGGUUCCGAGAGACAGAGAUCUACCAGACAGUCCUCAUGAGGCACGAGAACAUUCUGGGCUUCAUCGCGGCUGACAUCAAGGGUACUGGCUCCUUUACGCAGCUUUUCCUCAUCACGGAUUACCACGAGAAUGGCUCCCUGCAGGACUACUUGAAGUUCAGUACGCUGGAUGCAGCGGGACUGCUGCGACUGGCCUACUCGGCAGCCUGUGGCCUCUGCCACCUGCACACAGAGAUCUAUGGCACACAGGGCAAACCGGCCAUUGCCCAUCGUGACCUCAAGAGCAAGAACAUCCUUGUGAAGAAGAAUGGCACCUGCUGCAUCGCCGACCUGGGGCUGGCUGUCAAGUUCAACAGCGACACCAACGAGGUGGAUGUGCCCCUGAGUAUGCGAGUGGGCACCCGGCGCUACAUGGCCCCCGAGGUGCUCGACGAGAGCAUGAACAGGAACCAGUUCCAGGCCUACAUCAUGGCAGACAUCUACAGCUUUGGGCUGAUCGUGUGGGAGAUGGCCAGACGCUGCCUCACGGGAGGCAUAGUAGAGGAGUACCAGCUGCCCUACGAUGAAAUGGUGCCUUCGGAGCCGUCCUACGAGGACAUGCGGGAGGUGGUGUGCGUUAAGUGCCUGAGGCCGACUGUGUCCAACAGGUGGAACAGUGAUGAGUGCCUGAGAGCCAUGCUGAAGCUGAUGUCCGAGUGCUGGGCACACAACCCCGCCUCACGCCUCACCGCGCUGCGUGUCAAGAAGACACUCGCCAAGAUGAUGGAGUCUCAGGACAUCAAGAUUUGAACACCGGGUGCCGGCUCAGCUGUGUGGACGCGGGCAGCUCGUCACGUGGCCCUGGCAGUAUGAUGCAGAGCGACCUCUUAGUGGGAGCAGGGGGCUGGACAGCCGAGUCUCAGCCCAGUUGCUUUGCCAGGCUGUCUGCAGAGCUUCUCCUGAUGAGGACAGACUGUGCGCAUGCUGCUUUCUGUGAAAGCUAUUACAGGACCUGGCGGUGGGGGGUUGACUGGGAUAUCCAUGAAGAAUAAUAAUAAUACCAGGCCAAGAAAUGUUAUCAAGGACAAUUGUUUCAAAACACUCAUCCUGCCAUUUUUAGUUUUUUAAUAAUAAUAUUUUAAUUUGUAAGAUGUGUUUUUCCUGCCCUGUCAAACUAUAGUCUGGAUUUUGUGUCAAAGGUAACAGGCCUUGAUUAGUAUGUAAGUACACAGCUGCUGACAGGUGCCCUGUGAUCCUGCUGUUAUUACCUCUGGACACACUGGGAGAUCCACCGUAUUCCGAAUUGCUGUCUGUACCCAGAGCACGUCCAGUGUGAACGGCACCCAUCCAGCCCUAUUGUGACAGCUUUUCAAAAGAUGUCUAUAGCCCUUUUGUUUCGUGAGGAUGAUUUAGAGACUGCGGAUGCUAUGUCAGUGGGAAAAGAUAUCCGGCCUGAAUGGACCAUAUGGCUGAUUUUUCUGUGUUAUGUUUGGUUUUUACAUCAGGUGUCCUGUUAAAAACAUUGACAAUGCUCUGGGAUUUGAGGCUUAUGGGUAAUGCUAGUACGCUGUGUUUUACACACUGGCAUGCCUCUGCUAAAUUUACCCAGGAGCUAAAAUACACUGAGCAAAUGGGAGUCCCCCUCUGUGGGUGAACCUAUACUGUGUUGAUUGGUGGAUCAUUAUUAAAAUAUCUAUAGGCAGACUCAGCCCAAACUACCUCACACAGCUAUAAUGUCAUUCUUUUAUUUGGUGUUUGGGCCGCACUAUGUGUGUGUACUCACUCUUGCUGUAAAAUGUCACUACCAGGCAUCGUCAGGCUGAUUUCAAAACUGUGUUUAAUUACUGCCCUAAUCAGCUAUUCACAGUUCAUCUACAUACAAAAUGGCUGAAAUCUCAAUCUUCAUUUAUAUAUUAACUGCCAUAGUACAUUGUUAGCUCCAGAACAACUAUAGAAUUUAGUUUAAACAUAAAUUUUGAUUUAACCAUUCAACCCCUAAUGUUGUGUGUACUUCCCCCUUAGGCAGAAUGGUUAGUAUGUUUGCUACACCCACUACAGACCUUCAUCCAUACUGGGCACAUUAGCUUCAGUGAUGUGUGGUUAAUGGUGUUUUGCAUUAGAAGCUACAGCUAACCAGCGGAGAGGUUUUGUUCUGUUCAUUGCAGGAUGCAACCCUGUUUCCAAAAUGCUCUGUUUUUUUAUCCCACCAAUCAACCUUUAAUCUCCAUAUUAUCACAGUAUCCAUAGCAACAGGACACGUGUGGGAAAAAAACAAAAACCAGGCUGCUAUUGCAGCCAGUCUCAGUCACUUUGGAACAGCUGGCAGGUGUGGGCAGGCGCACAUAAGUCAGCUAUCGCCUACAACUGUCGCCUAACGCUUUCGCUUUCUGGAUUGUAAUGUCUUCCCUGUGACUCCAUGGGUGGAAAGGUGGCUUACUUUACCUGCCUUUCUAACGGGGAACUAAAUAGUCUUGCUCUGUUUCCCAUCAUGCAGUGUACUGUGAGUCUUCGAAUAAAUACAUUAAUUGAAUAUACAAUUUUCCCCAGAAGAACAACAGGCCAUGUAUUGGAAUUGAUUUGGGUUCAGCUGGUCACUUGAUAUGGCUACAGCAGGGCAACAAACAAGCACUUCAUCAGCCUUUCUGUCAUAUGCAAUGUAGAAUAAUUUACUCACAUUUUGUACUUCAUCUGUUGUAAUCAGGUGCUUAAAAUUUACAAAGGAACAAAAUGUCUACAUGGAUAAUGUGUGCUGUAUCAAAUUUGAAGUAAAUGGUUUUAUUUAAAUUAGCAA